CACAUGGCGAUGAUUUUUUUGAGGGGGUGGAGGAUCUCGUUUAAUGACGUAAAAAGGCAAUUCGGUAAAAUAGGAAAGUCAACCAUGGGAUGUCGAAAGAUACUUAAGGCCUGCGAUGUCCUGGCUAGCAGAGCUGGCUUUCUUCAUCCAAGAGACGACUGUUGAGAAAUAUACAACCGAGCGUCCGGAAUAUCACAAGUAUCCCAAUACAAUACGGGGCAUAUAACAAUCGUUUUUUAUAUACUGCAAUUUUUCCCAUUUCAUACGCGUACUUGACGACACUUUAUUCGUAUAUUCACGAUCUGUUCCUCUGCCCGUCAAGUACAUCACUACACCACUCGACACCUACAUAUUUCCCUUCACCAUGGCACCAACAGCUAUCGUUGAUCUCGGCGAGACCUUUUCCGUCGGCCAGAAGCUGGAAAACGUCUCCGACGCCAUCGACGACGUUAACUGCAUCAAGUACGAUUCCGAGUCCAAGUUCGACGCCAACAAGGACAAGGCAAACUUCCGCCAGUACGAGGAUGCCUGCGACAGGGUCAAAAACUUUUACAAGGAGCAGCACGAAAAGCAGACUGUUGCCUACAACCUUGCUGCUCGCAACCGGUUCAAGAGCGCUUCACGUGUGCGCCCGGAGAUGACCGUCUGGGAGGCCAUCGAGAAGCUCAACACUCUCGUUGACGAAUCUGACCCAGACACGUCGCUGUCUCAGAUCGAGCACUUGCUCCAGUCUGCUGAGGCGAUUCGCCGUGAUGGCAAGCCACGAUGGAUGCAGGUCACAGGUCUGAUCCAUGACCUAGGCAAGCUCAUGCUUUUCUUCGACGAGCUCGAAACACAGGGUCAAUGGGAUGUCGUUGGCGAUACGUUCCCCGUUGGCUGUGCUUUUGACAAGCGAAUCAUCCUGCCUGACACCUUUGUCAACAACCCUGACACGAAGGAUCCCAUUUACUCAACCAAGUAUGGCAUCUAUUCGCCCGGCUGUGGUCUGGACAACGUGAUGCUCAGCUGGGGCCAUGACGAGUAUCUCUACCAUGUCGUCCGCGAUCAGUCGCUUCUGCCGGAUGAGGCGCUUGCCAUGAUCCGCUACCACUCGUUCUACCCCUGGCACCGCGAGGGAGCCUACAGGGAGUUUAUGGUUGAGAAGGACUGGGAGAUGAUGAAGGCCGUUCAGGCCUUUAACCCGUACGACUUGUACAGCAAGAGUGAUGAUGUUCCUAGCGUGGAGGAGCUCAAGCCCUAUUACAUGGAGCUGAUUGACGAGUUUUUCCCUCAGAAGGUGGUCAAAUGGUAGAAAAAAAAAAAAAGAGAGAGAAAGAAAAAAAAAAAGAAAUAAAGGGGAAAUGGGGAUCUAUUGAUAUGAAGCGGGCGUUUUUCAUGGUCUUUGUUUAGAGCGUUGUUUUUUUUUGUAAGAUGUUAGAUAAGAGAAUAGGAGACUGGAUAGAAGGCUGCUUGGCUCCCAAAGUACAUGGCUGAAUAAGCAUACAACUGAGUUGAUGAU